GAAGCACUUCAAAUGUUGGAUGUACUACAUGAAUGUACGAAAAGCAUAAUGUUUGAAGUUCGUUUCAAACGCCGCAAGAAAUGUCAUUAUUGUUUUUGAACUAAAACUUUUUAAAGACUUUAUUUGUAACAACGUUCCGAAAUGUAUGAGUAAGACAUUUUUUGUGUGUGUAGCAGUUUAUUUGUAUAUUUCAAGUAUGGGGAGUGUAAUAAAUGGGGUUUUAAUAAUUUUUACCCUAAUGUUUCAGUAUGGUUGCAAUUUUCAGAUCGAUCAAGAAGUGUUAAAGUCAAUGAUGGGUGGCAAGGUUUCGAAUUCUCAAAGUAACGGGGCUGAUCCUUCGUACUCAAUUGUAUUUCCUGAAAUUUUAAAACGUAAAGUUCGUCGUUCUGCGACAUUUGAAGAAGAAGACGAGUCUUCAUCGAAACGGGUACUGCUAAAAUCUCCCAGUAUCAAUGUUAAUUUUUCCCUGGAUUUGGUCCCCGUAACUACUAUUCUUUCUCCAGAGUUUUUGGUGUUGGAAACGUUUCAAAACAAAUCUAACAUAUUACCAAUUAAUCAUCAUGAAAUAAGGAAUUGCUUGUACAGGAGUAAAACUGCUGCUCUUAGCAUGUGUGACGGACAAAUGUUAAAUCUUAUUGAUAGUAUAGUUUUGAAAUUGUUCAUACAGGUUCAACUUCUUUAUCAUGAUCCUAGUUUAGGACAUGCUGUAAAUUUUAUUUUAAAAAGGCUGGAGAUUUUGAAAGAAGAACCUGUGAAUUUGACAAGACCUCCAGAUAUUGAUAGAUUCCUCUCAAGUUUUUGUAACUGGCAAAGAACAAAAAAUCCUGGUGGCGAUAGAGAACCUCAACAUUGGGAUCAUGCCCUUAUGCUAACAGGUCUCGAUUUGUAUGUUAAAAGUAAACAUGGUAAAGUGUCCAGUCAAGUUGUCGGCUUAGCCCCAGUUGCAGGAAUGUGCACACCAACAAGUAGUUGCACCGUAAACGAAGGAAGACAUUUCGAAAGCGUUUAUGUAGUAGCCCAUGAAAUUGGACAUAAUCUCGGUAUGAGACACGACGGGCCGCUGGCUGAUAAUAAUUGUGACCCUACGAGUUAUAUUAUGUCGCCAACGCUUGGAAGUGGCAAAAUAACUUGGUCACCCUGUAGUAAAAAAUACUUGCAAACAUUUUUAGACACUCCUCAAUCAAAAUGUCUCCUUGAUCACGGUAAUUCUGCUGGACAACUGGAUCAUGAAGCCGAAGGUAAUUUACCGGGUGAAAGAUUCAAUGCCGAUCAGCAGUGUAGAUUAAAGUAUGGGAAAGAUAGCAAACACUCGCCUCAUCAACCAUUAGAAGACAUAUGUCGAGAUCUACAUUGCGAUAGAGAAAAAUAUACGUGGACUUCACAUCCAGCACUCGAAGGAACGAAAUGUGGUCAUAGCAUGUGGUGUAGGGGUGGAAAAUGUAUUUCCAGAAAACUGAAUCCAUUUAAAAUGGCUUACGCAAGUAGUCCUGGAGCACUCGUUAUAGAGAAAGUGGAUGGAAGCUGGUCAAAGUGGAAGUCAAAAGGUGAAUGCGAUUCAGGCUGCUUAUUUGGAGAAGAAGGAAGACUUAGAAGUGGUAGCACAGGAAUCGAGGUUUCUGUUAGGAAAUGUGAUAACCCACGUCCUCAAGGAGGUGGUAGAACUUGUCAAGGAAUUGAUAAAAGAUAUCAGACGUGUGUCGCAAAGCAAUGUUUGAAUGUACCGCGUUUGACCAUAAACGAAUUUGCAAACCAGAUUUGUACCAGAGCGAAAGAUGUAGACAAGGAAUUUACUGGGUUUGGAUUCCAAAAGAAUAGUUUAGACGCUCAAGAAUCUUGCGCUGUUUGGUGUCAAAGGCGAAACGGCCAAAUUAAAGCACGGGGUUGGAGCUUCCCUGAUGGAACAGUAUGUAAUAUGAAACGUGGAAAUAGUACAGAAAGCCCAACUUAUUGUAUCAACGGACGAUGUGAGGAAUUCAUCUGUAAGUCUUCCGAGGAAACUAAAUUUCUUCAGCAUUCUGAACAAUGUCCAAAAAUAAAAGUAGCUUCGGAACUCUCGCAAAAGUUAAAUAAAAGGAAAUCAAUGGAACCUGUUGAAAAUUGGACUGUCGCAAGCAGUUGUCAUUACAAUUGUAUUGUUCCUGGCAAGGGAAUUCGCUUGGUUUUUAAUAAACAUAAACGAAAAUAUUAUACAAUUCAAUUGUGUCAGCCAAAUAAACAAACUUGCAAUAAACUUAAAUCUCCAUUACAAUAUGCUUCAAUGAUAUGCCGUCAGUAUAAAGAUAAAGUACAAGGUUUAUCCGGAUUUGGUUUGCAAAUUUUUCCUAAUGAUGAGGAAGAUGUAGAUAGACCCUGCAAAGUUGCUUGUCAAGAUGAUAAAAUUUUGCAUAGGUUUUAUCUAGUUAAUGGUAAAGGGGGUUGGUUUCCAUUCGGGACAGAGUGUUCAGGGAGAAACAUGAAAAGAAAAGCUUACUGCGUUAGCGGAAAAUGUAUUGAAUUUACCCAAGAAGACGUUCCGCUUUCUGAAUUUACGGAUUCGUUAUUUCCAAAGCUUUUAAGAAAACGACGAUGGUUAAAAAAUACAGUGAAUUAAUCUAAAGGUAGAUUAAAGAAUGUAUUAAUAUUAAAUAUUAUAAUUGGACUGUGAUUUUGCACUUUACUAUAGUCAUUCCUAUUAAUAAAGCAUUUUUAG